UCAUAUUGGUCGGGACACUCUCUCUUCUUCAGCCGUGUACCCCGAUGACGAACCUCGAAAAAGACGCAGAAGACGCCCGAGUCAAGAUCAACAACUUCUUCGACAAGAACGCUACCACAGGUUCGAGCCAUAGCGGCAACAUGUCUAACAAUAAUCAAGGCGUUACCGGAGCCGUCACGACUGUGACAGGAACCCUGGGUGCAGUAGUUGGCGGCGUCUCCCGCACAGUCGGCGGAGUCGUGGGAGCCGCAGGCCGUGGUCUAGGCGGCACCAUAAACAACGCCAGCGGAACUCGUCCGGUGGGCGAUGCGCUGCAGUCGGUGACCAACAGUGUCGAAGAUGCCACUACCAAUGUCGCACACGGCGUGGAGCAGGGCAGCCAGGGGAAGAAGGUUUGGUAGGGUGUCGCUCUUCCAGAGAGCUUGGUGGUGCUGUCAAUCGGACAACAGAUCUUUGUAUACCUUACAAGUUGAUCUGAGGUAAAUGCCGAACCAGCACGCUCGCUUCGUACUCACCAAACGAACCAGCCAGCCAUUUUCGGGCCCACUUCGUCAUGCCAGUUUGAUACGAUAUGAACAGACGAAGCUCGUGGUCGUGCUCUGCUGCCUUAGUUAUAUGCAGUGUUCGACGUUAGGUACCGUCAUCGGCUGUCUGUCCGACUGUCGAGCUUGUUUCGGCAACGCUUUGUGACUUCGCAUCUGACUACCUUAAGGUAGGUUUCGUGCCCACGGAUCGAGAUACAUGUCGUCGAGAACAGCAAGCUGCUGGUAUGCUCUGCUUGUCGCAUCGUACAAAGUCACAAUCACAGGACAUUGCCUCUCUCAUAGUAUCAGGUCGCCCGGUACUGCCAUGAUAUACACAGCGUGCAUU